AUGGAACCAAUUGUAUGGGGCAAGGCUCGCGAAGAAAUCAUAUACGAAAUCUUGGUAAGGUUACCCGUCAAAUCUCUGCUUGGGUGCACGGCAGUAUGCAAGUCAUGGAGUUGUAUGAUCAAAAGCCCUACCUUCAUCCACACCCAUCUGAUCAACCGAUUAAUCGAAUCCAACCAUCGAAACAACGACGGCGUUCAACUCCUCCUUCACAAUCCUGAAGUUGAGCUUUACUCAUUGUACAGGGACGACGACGACCCUCGUGCAUCAUCAUCUACGCUUAGGGAGUAUACCGAUCUUGACAAUCCAUACAAAGUUUACGCCGAACGCACCAGAAACCAAACCUGGGGAUCCGAGUUUGUCGGAACUUGUAACGGGCUCGUGUGCCUUGCUGGGGAAGACAUUUACUGGACUACAUUAGUUUGGAACCCUAGCAUCAGAAAGUUUGUGGUUUUGCCCAAGUCUGGUGUUACCCUUUGUCAUGGAUAUGAUUAUCGAGAAGCAAGAUCUGCCUUUGGCUACGACAGGUGUGCCAAUGACUAUAAGGUCUUACGAAGAGUGUCUUGUUUUCAACGAGUCAAAGUUAUCUCAUGUCAAUAUGAGAUUUGGUCGCUAGCCAAGGGCUCUUGGAAGACUCUCAAUACCGGUAAUGAUCGUCAUCAUCAUGAACGUGACACUCGUCAUCCGCCUGCUUUUGUCAAUGGUGCUCUGCAUUGGGUUCAAGUCAACGUGAACACCCAGAAUAUUUCCAUUGGGUCGUUUGAUAUGUCCGAUGAAGUAUUCGGCAAGAUAACCACACCACCAGAAGCUGGAACACAAAAAUGUUUCGGUUCUGAUCCACAUUGCGUGGUGUCGAGGUACAGAGAGUCCCUUGCAUUUUUCGAAAGCUCUGAGGAGAGGAGAGAAAGUGGAGUAUUUGUAGACUGGUUGGUUGUAGAAAAAGUGGUGAUGAAGUUGUGCUCAAACUGA